GCAGGAUAAAUCAAGAUACGAUAUUAAGCUGCUGAAAUUAGUUUCCAGUACUAUCGAUAUCUCGUAAAGUAUAACGAUUUAAUCUAGCGAGAUAGUAGUGAUGUAAUUGUUGAUACAACAGCUGAUGGAAUAAUAUAAACACUACAGAGUACCCGCAAAGUUGUGAAUGUUGAUUGUGUGUGGGGGGGGAGAUGAUGUUUUGAGAUGAAGGCGGGUACUAGUUUUGAUUCCUCAGUCACCUUCUAAUACCGUGGUUACAUACGACGAAAAGAAAGGACUUUCAUCGUACUUUUGUAUAUAAUUUGAGAGGUCAAUUUUGACUUACAACAAAUACACGAGAUAUUUUGGUGAAAAGAGAAAACAUCUUAACGAAUACGUGUAUUGUGGAACAGUUGUCACAAUGCGCAUUCCUCAAGAGGUCUCUGCAGGAUAUUGUUGAAUUAACUCCAGGUUAAGUGGAUAAAAGAAUGAUGCCGUCGAGAAACAUCAUGACAGAAAACUUAUUGGGCCUGUCGUGGCAUGACAGUGCUUGGAUCCCCAUAUUAAAUCCUUCCAACAUUAUGGAUUACUUUUCAGAACGAAGUAACCCAUUUUUUGACCGGACGUGUAAUAAUGAAAUAGUUAAAAUGCAACGCCUGAAUCCAGAUCAGUUGCAAAAUAUGACUGGACUUGAAUACAUAUUGCUUCACGUCCAGGAACCAAUUCUGUAUGUCAUUCGCAAACAGCAUCGACAUACUCCCACCCAGGCAACACCUCUUGCAGAUUAUUACAUUAUUGCUGGCACAGUUUAUCAAGCCCCUGACCUUAUGUCUGUGAUAAAUUCAAGAUUGAUGUCAACAAUACAUCAUCUACAAUCUGCAUUUGAAGAAUCAAACUCUUAUUCUCGAUAUCAUCCUUCUAAAGGGUAUUCAUGGGAUCUAAAAGAACGCAAACCAUCAGAAAGGACUGCAUCAAAAAAGGAGACUCAAAGGGAAGAGCCGAGCUCAUUGUUCCAGAGACAAAGAGUGGAUAUGUUGCUAGCAGAACUUACACGAAAGUUUCCAGUUCAAGUCAUUCCUCAACAGAAACCAGCAAUUGAAGAAGUGAAAGCUGAACCUCGUGAAAUUAAACAGGAGAAACCAGAUAGUCAGCGAAACAUGAAGCCACCACCAGAGAAAAAACCAAAGAUCAAUUUGUGAAGAGGAUUCCAGAAAAUCUAAAUAAAUCAAACUGGAAAUCAAUCUUGUAUUUUUUAUAAAUAUAUCUAAUAAAAAAUUCGAACAUUA